AUCACUGGUAGCAACUUGGGUAGCAAACCACCUGAAAACGAUAACCACAUCUUCAGCAUUUAUUAUGAUUCUCUUAGAGCCACACAAUGUGAUUAUCCAGACAACCCUUGCCGAUAAAAUAGCAAAACCAUCGUCACUCGAUGUUGCAUUCGUUGAUUUUGACGGUGUCAGAUUUCACAUCUCCACACCCGAUCGUAAAACUGUGAUCCAGUUGUCGAUGAACAUUCGGUGCUGGGAUGAGCUUGUUCAGUUUGGUGCGAUGAACAUCUUGCAACGGGAAUAUGGUUCUCUCCUCAAGCCCAGUCCCGAACCGGAAUACAACGUCAGCCUGGAUAUCGAUCUUGAUCAAGUUCCAGCUGAGGAAGAAGCUCGCGAGACAUUUAUCCGAUCUGUCUCGCUCUUCAAGCGCAAUGCGUUAGCUGCGCCUUUUGAGCUCGCCUUCAAACAACAGAAAGAGUUAGAAGCUUCAGGUAGCAGCCAAAGUGAACUCAUGCAGAUUCAUUACCGUGAUGAGGAAGCGAUAUACGUGCAGGCUUCGCAGGACCGCGUUACUGUCAUAUUUUCCACUGUCUUCAGAGAAGAAACGGAUCGCAUUUUCGGCAAAGUUUUCCUCCAGGAAUUCGUUGAUGCGAGGCGGCAACCUAGUAUUCAGAAUGCUCCUCAGGUACUAUAUAACAGCCGUGAUCCACCCUUGGAAAUUCGCGAAGUACCUGGACUACGGAACACUGAGGAUAUUGGUUAUGUUACCUUCGUUCUGUUCCCUCGUCACUUUACAAACCCUACCACUGCGACAAACACCAUCUCCCACAUUCAGCUCUUCCGCGAUUACCUGCAUUAUCACAUCAAAUGCUCGAAAGCUUAUAUGCAUUCACGCAUGCGCCACCGCGUUUCCGAGUUCCAAAAGGUGCUGAACAGAGCCAAGACAGAAGUUGCGACGACUGAAAGAAAGACCGCAAGUGGGAGAACCAUGUCAAACCGAUGAGCAGACUGAAAUACCUCUGUUUCGCUUCACACGAGCGAGCGGGCCUCUUUUGAACAUUCUAUUAUUGAAGAGCUCAGUGGCAAUUGUAUACUAGUAACUCUAGUUAGUAUUCGUAAGAAGUCGCUCCUCCAUGUAUUCACCCCGUCUCGUCCAUGGUUCUGGCGCUUGGGGCUGUACAUUGGCAUUGUACCAACAGCUACAGGUGCAUCUAGCAUCCACUGAUGCUCUGAUUAGCUCAUUGUCAUUUUAUAUGUCCCUGGACUACUUUUACCCAGAGUAGCUCCGGUGAUAGGUAUCUAUACAUGCGUCACAUGAGACUUCUCACACAUAGAUGCUAACUUAUAUAACUGGUUCUCUCUGCGAAGCGUAUUUCUGUAUAAAUUGUCUUUCCCCAUGUCUACUUCCAAACAGUCUUUUGUUGUCUCUGGGUUGAGCUUGAAUGUUUAUUCGCGUGCUGAAGUGAUUGAUUCUUCAGUCCCAGUCGUAGCUUUCUUCCUUCUCCAUGGUCGAUUUGGAUCGACCAAAGAUCUAGAGGCAAUCGUAGACUCAUUAUUUAAAUCUUCAUAUGAAGGUCAUCCGACAGGAACCAGACGGCGGGAUCUGAUAGUCAUUACAUUCGACCAACGAAACCAUGGAUCGAGAUUGGUAGAACAAAAGUCAAAUCUCGCCUGGGAUACUAAGGACCCAGAGAAAAACAAUGAUCGACAUGCGUAAGCGUAUAGAUGGUCUGCGAUGUUUACAGCACCAGAUAACAUUUUCCAUCAUUCAGCAUCGAUAUGUACAGCAUCCAAGCGGGUACCGCUAGCGACGUUAUUUUUAUGUUGGAUUUCUUGCCGUCGUAUAUAUAUCCGUCUGCUGAGCGGACCAUUGAAGAAUGGGGCAUUGGCGGCAUCAGCUUGGGAGGCCAUGCUACGUGGAUAGCAUUAAGCCGUGAGCCCAGAUUGAAGUACGGUGUUCCGAUUAUAGGAUGCCCCGACUAUCUAGCUCUUAUCUCACAACGGGCCGAAAAGUCGUCCAUUCCGAUAGGUCCACCGUAUAUCCCUGAGUCGUUCGAGUCGUUCCUGAAGCGAUACGACCCAGUUUCAACGCCGUUCUAUGUUUCAGACGCGUCCAAUCCUUUCCUGGGUAAGAAAGUUCUUGUGCUUUCCGGGGCGAAGGAUACACUGGUGCCGUGGUUCACGAGCUCAGAUUUUGUAACAAGGCUCGAGGUUGGAAAGGAAGGCAGCAAGGAAGUUUUCUUACAGGAAAAUGCGGGCCAUGAAUGCACCCCUAUUAUGGUAGCUGAGAUGUCGCGAUUCAUAUGGGAGAAGUGCCUCAGUGCAUAAAGAGCAGCAUUCUGUAGUGCAGAUAAUGUAUUCCUGGUACCUUAGGCUAUAGCACAGGGAGAAAACCCAAAAUUUUUCCUUGAAUAAAAUGCUAAUCAAAGUG